AUGAUUCCGAAUUUGAACUUGGAAGCUGAAAAUAGUUUAGAAGAAAGUAGCCAAGUAGGUUCCAACAUUUACUUACAAGAAACAACAUCUUAUGAUGUUACCAAAGACAGUGCAACAACUUCCUGUCUUACAAAUCUUCCAGAUUCCGUGUCCCUUGACCUGACUCUCACAUUCGAUCCGAGCGACGAAGAAUUCAAGGAAACAAGCGACACGAACAGCGAAAUAGUAGGAGCUGAUCGGGCUAAUAUCACCACCGCGCCAGCGCCACUGGUUCAUAGAGUUUUCUCUUGUAAGUAUUGUAAGAGGAAGUUCUUUAGCUCGCAAGCGUUAGGAGGACACCAGAACGCUCAUAAAAGGGAGAGAACGAUGGCGAAGCGCGCUAUGCGAAUGGGAAUGUUUACUAAGAGGUAUACAAGCUUAGCUUCUUUACCUCUUCAUGGUUCUUCUCCUUUUCAUUCUCUUGGUAUUCAAGCACAUUCUGCAAUGCAUUACAAUCACAUGUCAUCGCCAUCGUUGUCGUCUCUGAGGGCUAAUGAUAUGAGAGCCAUAACGAAAUUCGAGAAUGAGUAUUUCGGAGCAGCGCCAAUGUUUAUGCAUAACGACGACACGGGUGUGUUUUGGCCGGGAAGUUUCAGACAGGUAGAUCAAAGUGUUCAUGGUCAUAAUUCAAAUAUGAAUACUGGUUUUGUUGUAGCAAUAGCAACAGAACCUCCUCAACAAACAUCUACUGUAUCUCCUGAUCUCACUCUCAGGCUUUAA